CUAUCAUAUGCAAUCUUAAUUUUCUGAUUUCAAACUAGCAUAUUUGCAAAAUCCAGAUUUUCUUGGUCAUUGAAAUUAUCAAGAUUGAUAAAGAUUUUUGUUUUCAAGUUUGACCUAAUCUGAUUUAAUUGAAAUUUGCUCUUAAGAUUCACUUCAUCUGGAUAUUUGAAAAGUUUCCAACUUUCACAAGAUUAGGCCUUGGUCUCCAUCGUCAUCGUCAUCGUCAUCGUCAUCUUCUCUGCAACGCACAGGACAGAAUCAUGGCAAAGGCAGAGAGCAGUUUCAAGGAGCCAAGAUGGUCUCUUCAGGGAAUGACAGCUCUUGUCAGUGGUGGCACUCGGGGAAUUGGGAAUGCAACGGUGGAGGAGCUUGCUGGGCUAGGAGCUAGAGUUCACACAUGUUCAAGAAAUGAAGCAGAGCUGAAUAAGUGUUUAAAAGAAUGGGAAGCCAAGGGUUUUGUGGUCACUGGGUCAGUUUGUGAUGUGACAUCUGGAGCCCAGAGAGAGAAGCUAAUGGAGCAAGUGGGUUCUGUUUUUAAUGGCAGUCUCAACAUUCUUGUAAACAAUGUUGGCACAAAUAUCAGGAAGCCAACUAUUGAGUACUCUGCUGAAGAAUUUUCAAAACUCAUGACAACUAACUUUGAAUCUGCAUACCAUCUGUGCCAACUUGCACAUCCUCUUCUAAAAGCAUCAGGAGCAGGAAGCAUUGUAUUCAUUUCAUCUGUUGCAGGUCUUGCGCACAUAGGUAGUGGAUCGAUUUAUGGUUCAACUAAAGGUGCAAUUAAUCAACUAACGAAAAACUUGGCUUGUGAGUGGGCAAAAGACAAUAUCAGGACAAAUUGUGUUGCACCCUGGUAUAUCAGAACCUCGCUUGUGGAAAAUUUGCUUGGUAACAAAGAGUUCUUGGAUAAAAUAAUCUCUCGAACUCCACUUCAACGUGUCGGAGAACCGAAAGAAGUGUCAUCCCUUGUUGCAUUCCUUUGCCUACCUGCUGCUUCAUACAUUACUGGACAGGUUAUUUCUGUUGAUGGAGGAACGACUGUGAAUGCAUUUGAUUCUGGCAUGAGACUAGAUUUAGCAAGCCAUCCCUUUUCUCCCCUUCAUUGAAAGUGCACAUUUGUCCAACAUCUUGAAUUGUUCCUGCUUCAUGACAUAUUAUUUAUUUUGUGAACAUAGUCUUUAUAUUUUGUUCUGAGGAUAUAGUAUUUAUGUUUGAGAAGCUCUUUGCCUUCAGCUGGUUUCUGAAAGUGUCUAGCAAACUUUCUUUAAAAUUAAAAUUUUUAGAAGUUUGUUCCUGAA